AUGACUGGUGAUUGUACGCGCAACAUUUUGCCAAUUGCGCUUUAUCCAAUGGAAGCUGACAAAGAGCCGUCGAUCAACAUAGACAGUUCAGAAAUAGUUGUCCUUAGUUCAGAUGAUGAAAAUGAUUCACAGAAUUCUCAUGACAAUAUUUCAAAUGAAAAACUUUCAAGCAGUGUUAUAUCUGUCGAAGAUGAUGAUGAUAAUAAUACUAAUAAUGACGAGUCUGGCGAAAGCGAUUGUGAGAUCUUAAAUGUUGAAGAGUUGCAAGGUGAAGAGAAGUGGCGUGAUAUUCAUGGUCCUUUCAAGCGGCUGAAUAGGCUCAUACAAGCUGGCUUUAAUGAUCCACGGCUAUUGUUGGUUCGUGUUUUUGGGAUGGAUGAAAACUCUUUACCAUCUGAUCCUAACCAAUUAUUAAGUUUAUUAUUGACACUUUUGGCCGAACCUGCUCCACGACGUAGACUGCGCCGUAUAAAUAGUUUAGAAAAAGUUCUGUCACUUCUGUCUACUUGUACAUCAAUCCUCGUAAUCACUGGUGCUGGGAUUUCAGUGUCAUGUGGAAUUCCUGAUUUUCGUUCUCGUGAUGGUAUUUAUGCUCGCUUAUCUCGGGAUUAUCCAGAUCUAUCAAGUCCACAGGCAAUGUUUGACAUGUCAUAUUUCAAACGAAAUCCUAUUCCUUUCUUUAAAUUCGCCAAGGAGCUCUUCCCUGGUCAGUUUUCACCCUCGAUUACUCACCGGAUGAUUGCCUUAUUGGAGUCCAAAGACAAAUUAUUGCGUAACUACACACAGAAUAUCGAUACUUUGGAACAGGCUGCUGGAAUUACUCGACUUAUUCAGUGUCAUGGUUCAUUUGCAUCAGCCACUUGUACAAACUGUAAACUAAAAGUUUCAUCGGAUUUUAUUAAAGAGGCUAUUUUUAAUCAAUCUAUACCACGAUGUACAAAUUGUUGGCCGUCGAAAAUCGAUUCGUCAUCAUUAUUACCAGAUGAAAUGAAUGACUCGGAGUCUACAAAUCAUUCAUCUGAUUUAUCUACCGUAGAAGAAAAUCCUAAUAAUAAUAGUAAUAAUAAUAAUAAUAAUAAUAUGUCAGUUGAUACAUCUCCAAAAGUUAAAUCGAAACGAACUAAUAAAUCUCGACGUAGACUAGCUUCAUAUGGUGUAUUAAAACCAGAUAUCGUGUUUUUUGGUGAAGGUUUAUCAAAUGAAUUUCAUGACUCUCUUUCCAAUGAUAUAAAACAGACGGAUCUAGUUUUAGUUAUUGGAUCAUCGUUAAAAGUUCGACCUGUCUCUCAUAUUCCUAAUGCUGUUCCUAGACAAGUUCCACAAAUACUUAUUAAUAGAGAACCUUUAUCUAAUCAUGAUUUCGAUGUUGAAUUGCUUGGAGAUUGUGAUAUCAUUGUCAGCGAAUUAUGCCAUCGAUUGGGUUGGGAAGUUUCCGGAUUAUCAGACUAUACACCUCUUACUGAAAUUCCCUUAAAUUCGCUAAAAAAUACAACUGAACCACUAAAAUCUGAUGAAAAAUCUCCAAAUAUAUCCCAUCUCAUUGCUCAGGACACAGUGUCUUCGGACUUAGUGAACAAUCAAUCCCAAAUAAAUAAUUCAGAAGUUGAUGGAAAGACUUGUACCUCUACUGUUGUUUCUACGUCUGAUAAUUCUUCAGAGGUGAUUAAUAAGAAUUCUCCGAAUGAUGCAGUAAUUGAAGUCAGUGAAGAUGAGGAAGAUGGAGAGUGUGUUUGGGAGGUAGCGUCAAGUUUACCACCUGGAACAUUUACUCGUAUUUAUCCAAAUCAAUAUGUUUUCCCUGGUGCUGAAAUAUAUUUAGACAGUAAACCCGGUGAAGUAACGAUCUCAUGUAAUGCCUCAGAUAUCUCUAUUACGUCGAAUGCAUCAUCAGCAUCGUCUACUUCCGGUCAUAAUGAUGACUUAGAUCAGAUAAGAGAUUCACUUAAAGAUGAAUCUGUUUCCAUUGAUAUAACUGAAAAAGAAGAGUCCAGUAUUCAUUCAUCUGAUUCGCGUAAAUCUUUAAAACGGCAUAAUUCCAAUGA